AAACCUAGUCUCUUCUUAGUAGUUUGUGCUUAUGAACGAAGCGGUCCGAAAAUAACGAAAUAAAAUAAAACUACAAGCUUAAAUUAACAAUAGUGUUGACAUCAUGACUACUAACGCAGAUAAAGUGUACAGCUUUAAAACAGAAAACAAAUUCUUAGUCAAGAGCGGUUGCAAAAAGCGCAUGUGGAGGUCUUUGAAACAAAUCCUUACAGCAGAACGAGCUUUACCAUGGCCAAACGAUAUUGUACUUUAUUAUUCAAUAAACGCCCCUCCAACAUUCAAGCCAACCAAGAAGUACUCAGACAUCUCAGGCCUGCCUGCUCCCUACAUGGACCGCCAUUCUAAACUGUACUACAGCAAUGCAGAGGAGUUUGCAACAGUGAGGAGUUUACCUAUGGACAUAACUGCCGGCUACCUGCAGUUAAGAGGAGCGAACACUAUUGUUGGAUAAAGAAUGAAAUAAAAAUCUUGUAGAGAUGUUAUUAAGGCUCCACAUUUGAGUCAAAAGUAAAACAAGGAGUUGUAUAAUAUAUGGCUUAGAACCUUUGCUGCGCCAAUAAGGGUAUGAACUUGUAAUUAACUAUACAUCAAAAGAGGUCUUUCAACCCUUGGCCACAGUGAAUGUGUAAUAAGAAUAAUGUGUAUAAGUAUAUGAGAAGUAACCUCCAUAAAUGAGAAAUAUGUAUAAAUGUUUUGAUACAAUGAAAACAGUAUAAUAAACAAUUUACUAUUUUAUA